AGAAGGUCCCUAGUCGCCCGCUCUUGAGCUCCCUCACCAUCCCCACUCCAAUCCGCAUCACCAAAGUCAAUUGGCCUCUUCCGCCAUCUUCUCAAGGUACAGCCCCACACACGUACGAACAGGGUCGCAAAUUAGACGCAAAUAGUCCCGAGUUAUUUUUGGUGUGUGACAAUCAAAUACAAUAUAUAUCCGUUCCGGCGUCUCAGCAACUGGAUUUCUCGACCACCUUGAGUCCUUGAGAAUAGGAUGGCAAUGGCGAACGAUAAAGAAGCCUUGGAUGGUUUGGAAUGGCGGGUGACGGUCCCCAGUGGAUCGUCGGUGAAAAUGGAGUGGGAGUCUAGCGUGAUCGGUAGGGCAUGGACAUGGUUCGCUGGUGCUGUUUUGAUGGUGAAGUCCAAGGUGUUUGGGUUCGGGAAGAAUGCUUGGAAGAUGGGAGUCGAUGACCCGAGGAAGGUCAUCCAUGGCAUCAAGGUGGGGAUCGCACUAUCUCUAGUGUCGGUCUUCUACUAUGCCAGACCCUUGUACGAUGGAGUUGGAGGAAAUGCCAUGUGGGCCGUUAUGACAGUUGCAGUUGUAUUCGAAUACACUGUAGGUGGGUGCUUGUACAAAGGAUUCAACAGAGCUGUCGCAACUCUUAGUGCUGGUGGCCUUGCGAUGGGCAUCCACUGGAUUGCGAGUAAGACAGGAGAAAAAGUGGAGCCCGUAAUCCUUAGUGCUUCGGUCUUCCUGUUAGGUGCGGCUGCAACCUUUUCCCGGUUCAUACCCACCGUAAAAGCCCGGUUUGAUUAUGGUGUCACGAUAUUCAUCCUCACCUUCAGCUUGGUCGCAGUCUCUGGCUACCGUGUGGAUGAACUGCUCGAUUUGUUACAGCAGCGUGUGUCCACCAUCGCCAUCGGAAUCUCCAUUUGCCUGCUCGUAUGCAUUCUGAUCUGCCCUGUUUGGGCCAGCGAAGAGCUUCACCUCCUCAUCACCAAGAAUAUGGAAAAGCUUGCAGAAUCCCUGGAGGCAUGCGUUGAAGAAUACUUCAUGAAGGAUGGAGCCGGCGAUGGAAAGAAUUCAUGCUCCCAAAAGUCACAGGGUUACAGAUGUGUUCUAAAUUCCAAGGCAUCCGAAGAUUCACAGGCUAAUCUUGCAAGAUGGGAGCCUGCUCAUGGCCGUUUCGGCUUUCGCCAUCCAUGGAGUCCAUACCUCAAGGUUGGCGCUGCGAUGAGGUACUGCGCUUACUGUAUAGAAGCCCUCAACGGUUGCAUCAAUUCGGAGAUUCAGGCGCCCGAGUCCACAAAGAAGCAUCAAGAAGUUUGCAUGAAGCUGAGCUCGGAGUCCUCAAAGGUCUUGAAGGAGUUGUCGAGCUCGAUAAAGUCAAUGAAAAGGUCUCAAAGUAUAGAUUUACUGGUUGAAGAGAUGAGUACUGCAGUGGAGGAGCUCCACAAUGCUUUAAGAUCAUUUCCUAAUCAAUUAACGCAAGCAGCAGUCCAACCAGCAGUAGAAGCAAAUGAAGAGAAAAAGCACUCCAUCUCGGUGACUACGACCUUGCCGGUGAUGGAAGUGCUGCCACUAAUCACGGUAGCAUCGUUGCUGAUCGAGAUAUCGGCUAGGAUUGAUGGGGUUCUCGAUGCUGUCCGCAACUUGGCAGAUCUUGCAGGCUUCGAGUCAGUCGAGAACGAGAAGCCCCCGUCUCCAACACAUCAAGAACAAGAAGACAGGAAAGCCUUUCAGGAGGUCUAAAGUACUUGUUAAACUAGAAGUGAACCAGAUGAAAGCCUCUGGUUGGCUUAAGGGGAAUAUGGGAAGAAAGACGGAGGUGCUCUUUUCCUUCGAAACCUUUGAGCUGUUAGCUAACUGUUUUAAGAUGGCACCCUAGUCCUUUUACGUUUUUUUUUUUUUGGAAGUAAAAGGAGGCAAAGCUACCAUUAUUAUUAAUGAAAUCAUGGAAACCCGUCCUCUCAAAUGUACGAAUUAUGAAAUGGAUGUCAGGAUAGACGGUGCCCACUAGUUUAGGGGAAAAAAAAUGAAGA